AUGGAUUAUAAUCACAGCCAGGUCCUUCCAGCUGAAACCGGAGCAGGCUCGGGGCCAGGGCAUGCCACCCUCUGGGCAGGUAUAAGAGCCAGGAGAGGAGGGCUGGAGCCUGGCUGGGGCAGAGGUAACAGCUGUCCGCCGCAGAACCAGGGUACAGAGCUAAAUCUGCUUUGUACAGACCUCCAGGUAGACAGGGUCAGUUCCGGAAGUGGCCCCUCCUCUGUGGGAUCCCGGAGAUGCACUAGGGAAGCCAUCAGGCUGGACAAGCUGGAAGAGGUCACCAGAGGUCGACACUUGGCAAAGUGA